AUGACCCAGGGUCCCCAUACCGAAAGUAUGCACGGCAAGUAUUGGGCAGGAACGGGUCCAGAGCGGGCCUUCUUUGUGCGCGCUGGUGUCGUUCCUGGUGUGGUCCGUUGGGAAGACACACCCUUUCUCCAAAGCUUGAAGGCUGCUGGGGAGCAAUUAGAGCACUGGAUCCGAGGUAACUGGGAGGAAGUUAGCUUCGACGACCAUAUACCGUUGAGCGCUCUCACCUUCGCGAUCCUCCUAAGGAAGAAAGAGUCAGGGCAGAGCAAGAACCUGGGAGCAGAGUUACUGAAGUGGGAUGAAUACCUGCUGAAGGGCGAAGACACUCUGCAGCUGGUAUUCAACUUCGACCUAGAGCAGGGCUGCAACGGACUGAUGGUGAUCGCUUGGCUGAAGGCCGAUGAGUUCGCCCUUCCUUCGACGUUCUUCAUCCAGAACGAAGGGAAGACAUAUGGAGAGCUCCUCCAGGCUUACAAGGGGGAGAUGAAGAAGGGCCCUCACGACCCGUCGGAGAUCUUAGACCUCGACUCUGGUAAUAUCUGGUACUGGAGCCACUACCGUUCCCGGUGGAUCGCGAGGAAGAGCGAUAAACCCAUUCCUGCACAGAAUGUGAUCAUGAUCCGUUCUUUCCGUAACCGUUGGCCUCUGCACGCGUCGAAGAUUAUACACCUGUGGGAGACAAAGGGUCAUGACCAGAAGAUUUUCCACUCCAAGAGCUUUGACAUGAAUGUCGGUGAAAAUAAGGCCGGGCGCAAGCGUUCACGACGUACAGAACAAGCAGUGUAG